AGUGACGGCAGCUGGGUCUUGAAGGAUCCUAAUCUGGUUUGGGAGGGUGAAGACCGCUGAAAUUUCCAGGCUGCCCGAGGCUCCAUCUUCCACCACCCAACGGAUAGCUGACAUCCCGGAGAACAGGGGCUUGGAGGUAGAUGCAAAGCGCAUUUUAUUAAUGUCUGGGAAACAAAAUUAGUUCUUUUACAGUGGCUCUGAAAUGAGAGAAACUGGAGAAAUUUUCCCUGCUCAGGAAAAGGUAGAGGCAAGGAUUGACUUAAAGAUGGGUAAGAAGAGUGUUACUGAUCAUAAGCUAAAUGUGGACAAAGUAAUUAAAAAUAUUAGCACAAUUUCUUCAGAGUUGAAGAAGAUAAAAGAGCUCUCACAGUUAUUGCUUUGUGACCUUAUCCUACAUUUUAAUCAUCCCGUCAAGACUGAGAACUUAGCAGAAGCAGAAAGAAACAGCCCCCUCUUUGAAGAGUCUAAAAUAUCAGAUGUAUCCCUUGUUUCUAACAGUUUUUCUAUGUGAUUUCUUAUUUGUUAUGAGUUUCUGUUUUUAUUGUUGAACUAACAAAUAUUUGGGAGAGUUGAGUUUACUAAUUUGUAUAUAUAUAAUUUAAAACAAAAUAAAAAUAAUGUAAACAAGCA